AUGGCAUUCGCCCAAGCACAUCCCGAACACGCCCACCACUUUUCUUUCUACCGUACCCAGCAAGUCCCCUAUGGAUAUGGUCAGAAUCAAGGAUACCCCAUGCCAUCCUACGGGCCCCCUCCACCAGGAUAUCACGAACCCGAAUAUGUACCCGCCUACACACCACAAGGCCCGAACAAGACAAACCCAGAUCAAAACUACGCCGCUGCACCACCCAGUGGACCACCACCACCACCAAAUGCUGCAUUCGCACCACCUGCAGGUCCCAGUGUUCCUGAGCGCGCGGCCGGUUCGUGGAGGGCUUGA